GUUCGUAUUUGGGGAUGGACCGGUCAAGACAAAUACUUGGAAUUCGCCGCCGAAGUUUCAGCGAAAUGUCUCUAUUCGUUGGGUGUUUAUCUCAACUUCCCAUAUCCAAUGUCCAAAUCAGAUCAGAUUGGCUUACCAGAAUUCAGAGCUGGCGCAAUGGAGAACUUCGGUUUGAUCAUCUACAAAUAUCAGUACAUAGCAUUCAAUCCAGAUGUUAGCACUUCACUUAAUUCGUUGUGUAUCAGCAUAUCGUUAAUUUAA